AAUUUUGGUAAUGUGCUUGAAAAAACUGGACACUACGACAAAGCUAUAGAGUUUCACGAAAAAGCUCUGGAAAUUCGAAAACAAUCGUUAGGUCCAAAUCAUGUUGAUGUCGCCGCGUCAUUGAACAUUCUUGUUUUGCUGUUUGAUAAAACAGGGCAACACGACAAAGCGAUAAAGUUUUAUGAAGAAGCUCUAGGAGUUCGAGAUUUGAAGUUGCUAGAAACCACAACUGGUGAUGAUUUUAUUGCCGAAGAUGUUGUAAUUUCUCAUGGUGUUGAAAAUACAAAACAAGAAUCGGUGUUGCAAGAGUGGAAAUACAUUGAUGAAUCAACGAAACAUAGAGAAUUGUUUUUAAAAUUGAUUGAAUAUGGACGCAAUUCCGGUGUUGAGGUUAAAGUGGUGGGCAAUGUACGAGUAAUUUUCUCAAAAGAGUUUUGUAUUGGCGAAGGAAGUGGUGCAACCCGUGUUUAUCUUGGACUGGGUAAGGAUGGUUACGGUAAAGCAGUGAAACGAAUACAUCAAGAUAGAUACAAAGAGCUUGCGCUGCAGGAAAAGGAAAUUUUAAAUCAAUUCAACGCAAAAAAAUCGAAAUAUGUUGUGAAUUAUUCCUUCUUAGAAGAAGAUACUGGAACGGAGUACGUCUAUUUAAUAUUAGACUUAUGUGAAGAGUCGUUGGAGAGUUAUGUGAAAUCUACUUUGGAAGAUCUUCAAAAAGUUGUUCCCAAAAUUCUCAGACAAAUUUUGCAAGGAUUAGCUGAUCUCCAUAGUGGCGAAAAUCCUAUUAUUCAUCGGGACUUAAAGCCCAGCAAUGUUCUCCGAGACACACAAGGCAACUUUCUGAUAGCUGACUUUGGCAUUAGUCGAAUAUUGAAGAAAGGUUCUACGACACAUAAAAGCAGUCCUAACAAAGGAACGGAGUAUUGGAUUGCUCCUGAAUCAUAUAUAGAAGAUGAAGAUUCCGUUGAUAAAGCGCGUUACAAAAGAAGUUCUGAUGUAUAUAAUGCAGGGAUGGUAGCUUAUUAUGUUGCAACAAAAGGGAAACAUCCUUUUGGAAUUCAACGGUAUAGACUGGACAACAUGCUAAAUGGAAACCCUGUUGGUUUGAAAGAAAUCAAAGAUGAAACACUAAAGGACCUUCUGUCAUGGAUGUUAAAUCUAAAACCUGAGAACAGACCAUCGGCUAGCGAAGCAUUAAAACAUCCAUUUCUUGUAUCGGAUCACGAGAAAUUUGAUUUAUUAUGUAAUUUUGGAAAUCUUCAGAAUUAAGAUAAAUGAUCCCCUGUGUAGUGUUGUUCAACAAUUGAAUAGCGAAUCCUCAGAUUGGAGAAGCCAAAUGGAUAGUGAUGUUUAUAUUUAUUUGGUGAAUGGAAGGACCUAUAACUCUUCAUGGACAUUGCUUAAGACUUAUUCGAAAUAUUGACCAGCCUUGGAAGGAACAAACAAAACGAAAACGAAAACCAUUUUAUAAGAUUGGGGAUUAUAGGGCGUUUUUCUCCGAACAUUUCCUAAUCUCCCUGUUCGGGUACAUGCUGGUGUCAGGUCAAAUGAAGAAUUGAAAAACAAACCAGAACUCAAGAACUUUUUAAAUUUUAAUAAAAGCGAACUACACCAAUAAACUAUUUAGAUACAACAGAACCUGUUGGGGGUAAAAAUGUAGCUACUAAGAAAUCAUUGAUACUGUAGAAAUCUUAUUUAAUAAUUAUUAAGAAAAACAGUUUCUACGACGUAUUUAGAUGAUAUUUCACCCCAUUGCAGAUGAAUCUAUAGCCUGUGGUAUUCAUUGAUGCAAUGUAUAUAUUUAAUUUUUACUGUAAAUUGUUUUGGAAAAAGAGUGAAGGCGAAUAUGACAUUAAAAGUUAACUUUUAUGCUUGGCUGCACUGAUAAAUUUUGCUCUACAUUCAUCCAACAUAAUAAACUCGUAUACGAUAAAAAAA